UUGCCUGUCCAGAUGGACGAACAGAACCAAAAAAAAAAUCGUAUAUUGUUUUAUUUGUUUACUGUUUAGUGCGUCGGUGAUUAUCAUGUCUGAAAGUCAAAAAUAUAAGCAUGGUGGCCAAAGCACAAGUGGUGAAGCGUCACAGUUUCAACCGAGGCGAGGACAUGGAAGAGGGCGAGGCUGUAAGAGAAGGCAAUUAGACUAUAAAGAGGAGCGCCCAAUUGGCGCGUUUCCGGCUGAUUCUCGACAAGAGAUUAUGGAUCGUAAGCGGAAGGCUCAAUUGGAGCGUAUGCUCCUACCGGAUGCGCCUCCGCGUAAACGACGCUCAAAAAAAGCAUCUCCUGACCGAGAUCCUUGUUUAAUGAUAGAUGUGUGUCCUCGAGAACCACAACCAUCAACGUCUGGUGUGACGCGAUCUAGCGAUCUCCAUUCUGCAGAACCUGAGCCGCCAACGUCUAGUGUGACAUCUCCAGUCGGUACCAAUGACUAUAAUUUCGAUCCUGAAGUGGAAGAAUGUUUACGACUGAGUAACUUUAGUGAUGAAAAUGACGACCUUAGUUCAGACUGCUUACUUCAAGACCCUACUUUCAUGACUAAUGGACGUAACGCUUUGACUGAACCCGGAUGUGUUAGUGACUUGAGCGCUUUCCAAGCGGAAGUUUUACGGACUGAAGAUGAAGCCAGUGACCGGGCACUACGCGAUAUUGUACCAGAGGACUGUUAUUCCUUUAACUGGAAUAAAGACAGAAAUAGUUUUAAAGGACAACGUGAAGUAUUUACUGAGACACACGGACCAACUUUUCAGAUUACUAACCAGACUCGACCUAUUGACAUUUUUUACAAGAUGUUUGACGAUGAUUUCUUAGAUCUUUUGUGCAUAGAGACUAACAGAUACGCUGUGCAGAAGAUAGCUAUGCUGCAAGAGCAGAAUAAGCUAUCAAGUUUCUCACGACUUCAACGAUGGACACCUACAAACAGAGACGAAAUGAUAAUCUUUUUAGCAAUAAUUAUCUUGCAAGGUCUAUAUCCCUUGCCAGAGGAAGAGGCCUUUUUUAAAUUUAAUGGGUUCGGCACUAUGCCAUUCUUUGGCAAAAUUAUGUCAUUCAAUAGAUAUUUUUUGCUAAAAUCAAUGCUUCAUUUUGUUGAUAAUCAGACUUUACAGGACACGACUAAAAUAUGUAAAAUACGGCCCGUUGUUGACUACUUCAACAAAAAGUUUUCCGGUUUGUAUGUGCCUUCACAAGAGAUAGCCAUUGAUGAAUCCCUUCUCAAAUGGCAUGGCCGACUGAGCUUCGCUCAAAAAAUUACAUCAAAGGCUGCGAAAGUGGGGAUCAAAACGUACGAGUUGUGUGAAUCUUCCAGUGGCUAUCUCUGGAAGUUCUUUGUAUACACUGGAAAAGAAAAACUCACAAGUACUACUGUUGACAAGAACAUUCAAAUUGGACAACCGGAUGAGGAACUGACAAUUUACAGAUCUGGUGACUAUGAGACUAACGACUGGCUUGACGGUGACACAUCUAUUGUUUUAACCGACACAACUGACAUACAACCGAUUGACCGUCCAACCAACGCUACUGCAAAAAUUGUGUACACCUUGAUUGAGCCGCUGCUUAACCGUGGGUACACAUUAGUGAUGGAUAAUUUUUAUAAUAGUCCAUUACUGCUCCGAUUUCUGAAGAAACAAAAGACUGAUUGUUACGGGACAUUACGACUUAACCGAGAAUUUGUACCUGAAACAAUUAAAACCCUUACAAAGACUGAUCUUCGACAUGGUGAAGCAGUCGCUUCGUACUGUUCUGACUUAUCGGUUUUGGUAUGGCGAGAUGCUAACCUCGUUAGUAUGAUCUCGACAUUCCAUAAUCUUCAAAUUGGGACUUCUGACAAAUAUAAUCGACUGACCUAUAAACCAAGUAUUGUACUGGAUUAUAACAAGACCAUGGGAGGAAUUGACAGAAAGGAUCAAUUCCUGUUUGCGCAGCCUAUCGAACGUCUCAGGAAUAAGAUCUGGUUCAAAAAACUCUUCCGUCGAUUGUACAAUUCUGCACUUUUUAACUGCUUUGUGAUAUUUUCUGGAGUUCACCAAAACAUUUCGCAUCGCAAAUUCAGAACUGUAUUGGCAGAAGAAUUGCUGUUACGACACAGACAUAUAGACUUGACUACUGAAUAUCGACUUUUUAGUGUUCGGGCAAGGUCUGCACAGGUUACAUCGAAGGUGCGAAGUAAUUUACGACAUAGGACACAGUCUAGACCGACGGUUGACAGCAAUCACUUCCCAAUUCGGACAGGGUCGAAAUACACCGUGUGCUGUAUGUGUCCAAAGAAGUCUAGGACAAUUUGGAAAUGUGAGGAGUGUGAUGUGAACUUGUGCAUUGAGGACUGUUUCAAGUUGUACCACAAGCCUUAAAACUGCAGCUACCUCACCGUUUUAUAAAUAAGCAAAAUUAUUAAGAUCUACGAUGUUCCACUUUAAAGUCACACAAAUUACAACAAUAUUACAUACAUUCAGACCUUUGGUUAAAAAGAGACUAUUAAAAAAAGCUGUAUGCAUAAUAUAUACAUUCAAAUAUACGUGGAAGUGGAAUUUUUGCUUUCACACUUUAUGGUAAAUAAUCUACUACACCCCGAGCAAUUUGGUUUUACCAGGGCAAAAUUCAACCAUGGACUCCGUGAUACAAUAUGUGACCUUUUGAGGCCUUUGAUUGCAUAGAUUUUAGUACCCUUCUAUUUAAGCUUAAGUUAUAUGGUCUCCGCGCCAAUUAUUUAAAAUUAAACACUUCUUACUUAAAGAGCCGUAAACAGUUUGUAGACAUUUGCGGCAAUCUAAAGGCUCCCUGGCCCGUUUUUUUUUUUUGGUCAAUAUUAACGAUCUUCCAUUUAUUGUAGAGAAACUCUCGGAUAUAGUUUUAUUUGCUGAUGACAUGUCACUUAUUCACAAUAAAACGAAAAGACAAUACGGUGGAUAGCAAAAUGGUUAAUGAUGCUAUGUUAAAAGUAUUAAAUUGGUUCUCAAAUAAUAACCUAUUGUUAAAUAGUAAAAACAGCAAUUGUACUCGAUUUCAACUCUCAAAUGUACAAACAAAGAUUAAGGUAAUGCUAGAUUCUAAAACCCUGGAAUAUGUAUAUUCGGCUAUUUUUCUUGGCAUUUCCAUAGAUAAUAAAUUACAGUGAACCCACAUAUUAUCAGUAGCUUAGCAAAUGUAAGCUCUGCAGCUUUUGCCGUUAAAAAGAUGACAGUUGACUGAUGUGAAUACAGAUCGUUUGGUCUAUUUUGUGUACUUACAUAGCAUUAUGGCAUACGGUUCGUUAUUGUGGGGAAAUGCUGUGGAUGUUCAUAGUGUAUUUAUGAUCCAAAGGAGGGCUAUUAGAGCAAUUUGUAAUAUUCGACCAAUAUACUCGCUUCAGGGUGCCUACUCCUAAAAUCGAUAUUCGAUAUAACGUGGCAUUAGUCGUGUCGAAUCCUACUCUUAGUUACAUCGUAUUCAAUGUCGAAACGAUGACUGAACGAACUAAACGUUUUUCGAUAUUAUCGGUCCUAACCUACUCUUAGUUGAAAAUGUCAGAGACGAAUAUUCGAAUUUGACAAAUAAUCAAACGUCACUUUUACGAUAAUCUCAACGACACCUUCUAGGCUGUCGUUGCUAUUAUCGUUUUAAGUUGAAUAGAUAUAUUUGCCAUACAAUAUACAUACUUAAUCAAUAUUAUUAAAAUAGUUACAUGUGAUUUACUAUUAAACAGGAUUUUUUUUACUACCAAGUAAUAUGUCAUUUUACUGAUCGUUUAUACGUAGAAAGUAAUGCAAAUGGUCGCCUGAGAAAUAGGAAGUCGACGAGAGGGGUUGAGUUCCUUUUUUCUACAAUUUAUUAUUCGCAAGUUUUGUAUUAUAUAUCCAAUUUUAAAUGGUCAUAUUAUAUUCGUUACAUAAUUUUUGAAUAUUUACAUUUUGUGUAAAUGAUGCAAAUUGGUGGUGCAGAGCCUGACAUGGUCCUUAGUGCCUAAACUAUAUUUUGACUUUUGACACUUAAACAGCGACAUAUUAUAUUUAGUUUCUCAAGGUUUGCGCAUAUUUAAUUCACUCUAACAUCGUAAAAAAAUUAAAAUAUUAGUCUAUGUUUACGAUGUUGUUACGAUAAACGAUAUGGAAUACGAACAUUUGUUAGAGUAGGGUAGGUGCGAUAUAUUCGGGGUAUUAUCGUAUCGUUCCGAAUAUAUCGUUGUCGAUUUUGCGAGUAGACCUCCAGGAAACAUUCAUGUUGAUAAACAUCCUAAUCCUUCCCUCACAAUACAUACAUAUUAAUAUAAUGUAAGAAAGAAAUAUGUAUUACCAAAUUCAAGAAGAAAGAAUAAACAGCUGUGUCAUUUCAUAAGUUAGCUAGAGUAAAGGGGUCCUUCAUAGGUCCUGGUAUUUAAUUUUACAAAAAAAAACCAGACAGCAUACUAGGACUCACUGAGCACAAUUUCAAGAAAUAUAUUAAAGCUUCUUUGACAAAUAAAUUUACUAUAGUAUAGAAGAUUAUAUAGAGUAUAAUGAUGCAUGGUUCUUGUCUGGUUUUGCGCAGGCCACCUAAAAUUGUAUUAAACUAGAAAUGCUCCGCGGUUUUACUCGCGUAGAUACCGAUCCCGUGGUAGUGGAAAGUAUACUAAGUGAAAUAUAGAUUUAUUUUUGUUAACAUAAAAGUUAUGAAAAGUGAGUAAUGCUUUAAACGUUUAGGUUUCAUAAUAAGAAGUACAAAAGAAUUUAAAAGAUUAUCCACAAAAUUAACGCUGUUUAAUUCAAUGAUUAGAAUUUGAAUAUUGCUCUGUUGUACGGAAUCCUAACUAUCAAGUGCAACGAUCUCUUAAAACUUUAUAAAACCAUAUCACUAUGCAAUCGUAGAAACUCAAUAGAUCUCUGUUUUUUGCAUAAAAUUGUAAAUGGAGCUAUUGAUAGCCCGAACUUAUUAAACAGAAUAAGGUUAGCAGUUCCAAGAAAAAAUACACGGUCACAUAUUAAAAAUAAAAUUACUUUUAUGCCAAUAAUUACAAAGAGUAACCUAGGUAGGACCGCUCCUAUUAACAGAAUUGUAAUGUCCUAUAACAAUAUAUUUAAAAUAUAAUAUUUUAAUUAUAAUAAAUAAUUAAUGUUAACUAUGGGACGUAAUUGGCCUGAAAUAAAAGAAAAAAAAAAUAGCAGAAUUAGACAUAUUUUGGAAUUCUGCAUCGAUUUUCAAGCGCAAAAUUAAAAAUCAUUUAAUUAAAUAAUAUCAUUCGUUUUUUCGUAUUUAAUAAUAGUUGGUGAAUUUUAAAUUUAGUUUAUAUAAAAUUUAGUUUUUUUUGUUUAGAGUUAUAAGUUUUUUAUAUUUUUGUGUAGGUAACUAAUUUAUAAAGUAAUUUAGAUUAGUAAGUAAACGAGCAAAUUGUCAUAAGUUAAUAAUAUUUUUAGGUAACUACUUGUAAUUUAAUUAAGUAAUUAAUUGCAUGUCGAGUUAUCCUGUAAAUGGGGUAUACGAUGUUAAAUAAUAUAAGUAAUUAAUGUAUAAAUAUACCAUAAGCUAAAACAUUGUAUACAACGUGGGCUUCCUAUUAAAUAAAUAAAAUAAAAAGUUUUAUUUCACUUA